CAAUCACAGUGCUUCAUAUACAGGGGUCGGCUGGCAGACCUGUGACAUUCAGUUUCCCCAUGCCUGUGUCAACUGUGUAAAUAUCUCAAAAUGAAUACUAUACUGUCGUCUUUUGCUCGACUGCGUGGAAUAACCCACAUUAGCAGCAUUCCUGCAGGGAACCUUGCAGUAACUGGCAGCACUCACCUUAGAUUAUUUAGCAACUGGAUUAUACCAAGAGCAGCUGCGGGACCUCAGAUUUCCAGAUGUGGGCCACUCUCUUCACAAGCUGAGGGUUCAGGAGUGUUCCAGCAGCUUCCGUGGCAAUACCAGCAAGUGCGAACACGGAAAAGAGGUACAGAGUAUCAGCCCAAGAACAUCAAACGCAAGAGAACCCACGGUUGGAUCAAGAGGAUCAGCUCACAAGGCGGCAUUGAGGUGAUUCUACGGCGCAUGUUGAAGGGACGGAAAUCACUCACACAUUGAAGGUCCUUGUUGGAAAGGAUGACUGGUGGUUGACCUGUAAGACUUUCAAGACACAGACUUUGGUUCUGAAAUGCUGGAGGUGCUCGGCAAGCAACGGAGAACUUGUGUAUUGGGCUAACUGGUGAUACUGGGUGUGGGUUGGGUUUGGCGUUCCCAGUUCAUUGAUAAUGAAUGGAAACUGUCCUUCCAAAAACAAGUUGCUAUUGCCUUGAGUGAAAAGAAGCCUGGUAGUUUCGCCCAGUUAUAUUUGCCUGAAUACAGUUUACCAAAUGAUACUCAACAUCUCCACAAGGUUUGGUUAUAAUCAUUAAAUGUUAACAGAUCGAUGCAUUUUGUGCUUGUGUGAAAUCAUUUGGUUCAAAGACAAAACGUGUCUUUGUGCAAUCCUACAACAUCUGUUUUAUUGUUCUGUAAUAAAUACACCAAGUUCUGUGUGACUUGGAAAUAAAAAGCACCCUAGCAGAAUUUA